AUGAAGUUACUCUUGGCUUUCAUUUUUUCGCUCUUUGCGGCUGUGACUGCGACACCCAAUCCCUUGCCGGGCACCGAGAACGUCGUCGCUCGUGGACCCUCUAUCAUCUAUAACGGCGACAGCAAGAAGUACUUCUUGUUCCACACCGCGAAAGGCAUCAACAUAUCCACAAGCCCUUCACUGACUGGUCCAUGGUCGCAUGCCGGUAUCGUCCUGACAAACGGAUCCAAAAUCCCCAUUCCCCCGGAGCACACCGGCACAGAGGCGGCCGACGUGAACUUUAUAAACGGCAGAUAUGUCCUCUACUAUGCCCCUUCCAUGGAGUCGGGAACCUGGCAGGAUCACGGUGCAGUCAUUCACUCGUCAAGCGCUACCAAGUACAACGCGAUUGACCCAAACACUAUAGUCACCCCGACUGGAUUCAAGUUGACUUUUGGAUCUUGGAGUCAAGGCAUAUUCCAAGUUCCAAUGACCAACAUCACCGCUCCAGCCACUCCGCCUCCUGGAGCCCAUCUCGCGGGGGGCAACCAAACACCAAGCGAAGCUGGCUUCACGUACAAACCCAAGAAAGCGGAUUUCUUCUACUUAUUUUACUCGAACGGCAUCUCUCCUCUCCCUGGUGCAGCAACGCGGCCGCCUCCUGGAAAGGAGUACAAAGUGCUCGUCGAGCGGAGCAAGAACGUCGACGGGCCGUACGUCGACCAGACCGGUCUCAGUCUCACCGAUCCGCCCGCCGGAACCCUCGUGCUCGGCUCGCACGACAACGUAUACGCACCCGGAGGCCAGAGCGUGUACCUUGACCCGGUCAGCGGAAGGGACGUGAUUGCGUACUACUAUAUCCGCAAGGACGAGAUUGGUGGACUGCCGUUCCUAGGCAUCAAUUUCCUCGACUUUUCGUCCGGGUGGCCGGAGCUCGUGGCAAAGUAG